AUGGCGGAGAUCAUAGCCAACGAUCAAGGCAACCGGAUCACACCUUCCACCGUGGCCUUCUCCGUCGCCGAUUCCGAGCGCCUCGUCGGUGAAGCCGCCAAGAAUCAGGCGGCAUUCAACCCUCGCCGGACUUUCUUCGACGCCAAGCGCCUAAUGGGGAAAAAAUUCGAAGACCCAGAAGUUCAGAGGGAUUUGAGGUACUUACCCUAUCCCGUGGUCAAUCAAGGCCGGAAGCCGUACUUCGAAAUCAAAGUGGUUAAAUCAGAAGAAGAAGGGCGGCGGAGGAGGAAAGAGAUCAGCGCCAUGGUUUUGGGGAAGUUGAAGGAAACCGCUGAAUCUUACCUCGGAGAACCCGUAAGCGACGCGGUUGUCACAGUCCCGGCCUAUUUCAAAGACUUGCAGAGGCAGGCCACAAAGGACGCGGGCAAAAUCGCGGGGCUAAACGUCCUCCGAAUCAUCAACGAGCCCACCACGGCGGCAAUAGCGUAUGGUUUGAAUAACCUAAAUCGGAAGAGGAAGCAAAAGAAGAGCAAGAUUCUGAUGUAUGAUUUGGGCGGGGGAACUUUUGAUGUUAGUGUUUUGGAAGUAGACAAUUUCAUAAAAGAGAGCAUGAAGGUGCAGUGGAUGAAGAAGUGGUUCUUCGUGGAGACGCUGGACAGAAUCCUUCCCCAUUUUUGGACUUGA